AAGCUAUCGGAUCAGAACGGUUAAGCACAACAUCAAGUGAUCUUGUCUCAACAAAUUGACAAUCACGAAGACCCUUGUAGUUGCACAUGUGAAUCCUCCGAUCCCUCUUUUGAAAUUUUGAUUUUUUCCAUUUCUUGUUCAUUGCAUGCGCCGAUAAUACUUAACUUUUUGACCGCGGGGUUGCCAAUCAUUGCACCAUCUCGAUCUCCUAAUUUCCUACAGCGGUGUUUUAGAUUCUACAAGAGCAUGAUCUUCUCGUGUCCUUGUUUUUUCUAGAAUUUGGAUUUGCGUCAAUUGUCUCACUGUAGGAUCGUCUCCAUUGACUUUGAUUGUUCGACUAAACUACCCGUGUCACACCAAAACCGAGCCGAAAAUGGACGCUGUGGCCGAACAGAACGCCCGCGACAACCCGACGACGGGUCCGUACGACUUACUGCAAAAAGCGGUCCGCGACAACGGUCAGAUUUUGAUCAACCUCCGUUCCACCCGCAAGAUCAUUGCCCGCCUGAAAGCCUAUGACCGUCACAUGAACAUGGUCCUGGAACAGGCCCGGGAGAUGUGGGUCGAGCACCUAUGCAUCGCAAAAGCAUCGCACUAGUACGUUUCGCAUCACAAAUUUUGGCAGGAACAAAGAAAAGUGGGAUUUGUAAUGCUAAUUCCGCUCAGAAAAGACAUUUGUCAUGCAUGACUGCAAUUUGAUAUACGACUGCGAUUUACUUUUGCAAUGCAUAACACCCGAAGGGCAGCAAGAAGGGCAAGCCGAUCAACAAGGACCGCUACAUCCAGAAGAUGUUUUUGCGGGGGGACAGCAUCAUCAACGUCGUGCGCAAUCCGAAGUAAGAGGAGAAGGGCUUUUUUAUAAUCUGAAGACGAAGAACAUCAUGGUGGAGAAGCAAUCGUCGAUGGUGACCACGGCUUGGAAAGAUUGGUCGAACAAUCUUUUUCAGGACGGAACGUGCUACGGCUGCUGCUACUGCUGUUGAAAACAACUACGUCUGCAUUUGUGAUGUUUUCGAAGAAACUUCUUUGGUUUAUUUGAGAAUACUGACGAGAUGGCCUGGACUUAACUGGAUCAUCCUGCUGCUCUAACAGCAGGAGCACAAUCGACGUUGUGAUCAUCUUCUUCACCGAAUUGCUAUUUUUACUUACCCAGUCCUACUUGCCUGCUGUAUCAACCCGAAAAAAAAAUGGUUGGUCAUUUGAUUCUAUCUCGGAAUCAGGUGUACCCAACGAAAACACCUACACUGAAAACUCUAUCCUAACACGAUUAUAAUUGACUUCUUUAUCGCAAAAGAAACGAUUGCUGCAUGACCUGCAUAAAUCGAUAAAGUAUGGGCAAACGCUCUGCUCACAGACAUAGAUGAACGUACUAGAAGUUGUCUUUGUGGUCGCGUUAGUGUAGAAAUUUUAUGUUGAUGCCCUGAAAAAAAUCUGGAAAAAAAAAGCGAAGAAGUCCGAC